AUGGACGAGGCCGAGAGAAGGAAGAUGUUCGUCUCCGACGGAACUGACGCCACCGGCUCGAUCAGCUUUGCUACAAUCGAGCGACAAGACGCACCACUGCUGCAACUGCCCUCUGAAAUUCUACAUCAGAUCCUAUGCUACCUGCCGCCCCAGUCACUUGUGUCUCUUGCCCGCACAUGCCGCCAGCUACGGGGCCUCGCCUCCAACGACCUGCUGUGGGCAAAUCUCCUCCGCCCGAACAUCCCGCCCGAGGACUUCCCAGCGAUCCCCUACCCAUCCUCGUCUUUCCGCGACCUGUACAUAACACACCACCCGUACUGGUUCGUGCCGCGGUCCCGGAUCUGGAUCUCCGACGAGCCGCACAUCGGCCGCGUGAUGAUCGCCCACUACGACCCCCGCCGCGGGUGCAUCGAAGGCUACCGCCUCCUCGCCGAGCGGACGCCCAGCGUGGCCAUCUUCUGGCCGUACGAAGCGUCGGUCGUGAUCCACAGCUUCCGCCCGCGCGUGCACCUCUGGCUGGACGACCCGAUCAUGAAGCUCCCGCACGACAUUGUCCCCUUCAACACCCGCCAAGGCUGGUGGGAGGCCGAGGUCAAGAUGUCCGUCGGCCGGCCCGGCCACAACACGUCGGCCUCGUUCUUCCUGGCCCGCAACAUCCCCGCGCACCUCGAGAACCCGUCGAUGGCGCUGUGGCCGCCGCGCACCAUCCCGGACAUGCCGCGCGUGCGGGCCGAGAGCGCCGACCGGUUCCGCAGCAGCGGGCACAAACCCCAAAAGUACGACCAGAUCUCGCAGACGGCCUUCCGCCUGCGCCACUGGAGCCAGUUCUCCACGGGCAUGGCGCACUUUGGCAUCCGCAUCGGCGAGGAGGUGAGCACGUGGAGCACCAUCGACCCGAGCCUGUACACGCCCACGCGCGAGAAGCCCUACCAGGGCAUCUACGUGGGCGACUACGCCGGCCACGGCUGCGAGUUUUUGUUGGUGAUGCAGCGCGAGCACCCGCCCACUUUACCGGCACGCCGGCCCACGGACGCGUUCCUGCGCAGCCUGAUCGGCCUGCCUCCCGUGGGCGAGGACGCCGAACUCGACGAACCGCUGCUCGAGCAGCGGCCGGGCUCCCCGACCUCGGAAUUUCAGCGUGAUGUGCUCGCCGCGCAGGUCGCCGAGGGGAUCUACCACGGCGCGAUCGAGGCCGUCAAGUUGACGGGCGACCCAAACAUCCCACGCGGCGAGUAUACCUUUGUGGCCGACGACAUUGGGCCGGGCGGCCUGAUCCGCAUCGCGGAGGAAUAUCCCUUCAAGGGGGCCAGAGUUGUGAGAAGUCGAGGACACGUAGCUGCGCGGGGGUUUCAGAAUGACGAAUUCAUCCCCUCGCAACUCAUCAUGAUCAGCCCGAACAAACUGGCCCAGUACUGGGUCCCCUACGGCCACAUCUCGUUCUACGAAAGAGUCGACCUCGACGGGUUGAUCGACGAUACCUUUCGCGGGGGAGGCACGCGGAGCGAGCACGAGCAGAAAGCGGCAGGAGAAGGAGGGGAAGAAGCGGACGGUGAAGGCAGUGAAGCAUUAGAGCAUUGA